CACUGGGAGCCCCAGCCACAAUAGAGGCUCUUGCUGUGUCUCUCCUGCCAUUGAUUUUAACAUCAUUUAGCUAGAGUCUAGCCAGCAUCCUUUAGUUAUGUUUCCCACCAGGUUCUCAAUAAAGACUCCUUCUCAUUUCAGGUGUUGGCUGAGAGUGAGGUCUUAAGACAGCCCAGCCGAACAUCAGGAGAAGCCUUUUCUGUGGGUGGCCAGACACUUCUGGUCCUCAAGACAUAGCUCAGUCCUCACCUGGACUUAUGACCCGUGGCCUUGCUCCCCUCCUGCCCAUUGAGUUCCACAAGAUGGGCUCCUUCCGCCGGCCUAGACCACGGUUUAUGAGCUCCCCUGUGCUGAGUGAGCUGCCUCGAUUCCAGGCCGCCCGGCAGGCUCUGCAGCUGAGUUCCAACUCUGCCUGGAACAGUGUGCAGACGGCUGUGAUCAACGUUUUCAAAGGGGGCGGCUUGCAGAGCAAUGAGCUAUAUGCACUGAACGAAAACAUCAGGCGGCUGCUAAAGAGUGAACUUGGAUCAUUCAUUACAGACUAUUUCCAGAACCAGCUUCUUGCAAAAGGACUGUCCUUUGUGGAGGAGAAGAUCAAGCUGUGUGAAGAUGACAGUCGCAUUGAGGUUCUGGCAGAAGUGUGGGACCACUUCUUCACCGAGACUCUCCCCACGCUGCAGGCGAUAUUUUAUCCAGUUCAGGGACAGGAGCUGACCAUCCGACAGAUCUCCCUGCUGGGCUUCCGGGACCUGGUCCUGCUGAAGGUGAAGCUGGGUGACUUGCUACUGUUGGCGCAGUCCAAGUUGCCCUCAUCUGUUAUACAAAUGCUGCUCAUUCUGCAGAGUGUUCAUGAACCCACAGGCCCAAGUGAGGGCUAUUUGCAACUGGAGGAGCUCGUGAAGCAAGUGGUGUCUCCCUUCCUUGGCAUCAGCGGGGACCGCAGCUGCUCAGGCCCCAUGUACUCACUGGCCAGGAGGCAUUCCAGGGUCCGGCCCAAGGUGACUGUCCUGAACUAUGCCUCUUUGAUGACCACAGUUGGUCGACCACUGAAUGAGAUGGUCUUGAGCCCGCUAACAGAACAAGAAGGGGAGGCGUACUUGGAGAAGUGUGGCAGUGUUCGGCGGCACACGGUGGCCAAUGCUCACUCGGACAUCCAGCUGUUGGCUAUGGCCACCAUGAUGCACUCAGGGUUGGGGGAGGAGGCUGGUGAUGAGGACAAGCACCUGCUCCUGCCACCCAGCUUCCCGCCACCACACCGCCAGUGCUCCAGUGAGCCCAGCAUCCCCGAUAGCCCUGAUGAGCUGGAACUAGAAGACGUAGCAAGUGGCAGCCAGGAGGACUCAGAGCUGAACUGUGCUUCCCUCAGCUGAGCUGCCACCUCCAGGGACCCAUCCCUCUUUUGUGAACCAGGAUGGAGACACCCUUUGCCUUUC